UAGCUCAGAUAACGAAUCGAAAAGGGCGAAUUUAGUACUCACAGCCUUUUGAGAUGGUGAGGUAGAACAAUUCAAGUGCUGGGAACAUCCGAUGCGAAGUGUCCACUUUAUCCUUCGCCACAGAGCCGCAUUCAGUAACGCAAUACAAGUCCUCAGCUUCAUACAAUUGACAAAUACUUUUACGACAUGCUUGGGAAGGCUGGCCCCCAUGUUCUGGCGUCCUUCAGCUCGGCGCGGGAGAGAGGGGAAACCCCAAUAUUCGGCAACGUGCAGGACAGAUGCAUAUCUACAUAGGACCCCGCCUGUUCUAGAAGCGCCGAACCUGGAGAUUGGCGAUCGCCCGCCUCGGGUCCUUUUGGGCGACGUUUCAGCUCUUGGCCAUUAGCCGCCCUGUGUAUUGGGUGGCGUGUUGGGCCGAGCCGUCGACAGGCCAGAGAACCUUCCAGUGCUUGACAGCUUCUAGACGAAUGCGGUAAACGGAAAAUACUUGC